AUGUCCAGCUCGACCGCAGCCACGGCGUCGGCCUCGAACAGCCAGCAGCAGCAUCACCACCACCAUCUUCCUCGCAACAAUGACCCCGAUCGAGACUUCCUUUCACGUCGAGCUCGCACAAAGAACCAUGUCAUUGCCAUGGUUGGUGAAUUUGUGGGCACCACGCUUUUCCUGUGGUUCGCCUUUGCAGGUGCGCAAGCCACUGCCAUUACGGGUGGAGGUGUAGCCAAUACUCCGACCCAGAUCGCCUUGACGAGUUUGGCCUUUGGAUUUUCGCUGCUCGUCACGGUGUGGGCAUUCUACAGGAUCUCGGGGGGACUGUUCAACCCAGCAGUAACCCUUGGCCUCGUCAUCACAAAGAAUCUCCCCUGGGUUCGCGGCCUGCUCCUCUUCCCAGCCCAAAUCCUCGGCGGCAUCGUCGCGGCCGCCCUCGUCAGAUGCAUGUUCCCCGGUCCGCUGGUCGUGGGCACGACGCUGAGCAACAACACCACGCCCGCGCAGGGUGUCUUUAUCGAAAUGUUCCUCACGUCGCUUCUGGUAUUCACCAUCCUCAUGCUCGCCGCGGAGAAGCACUACGCCACCUUCAUGGCCCCUGUGGGCAUCGGCCUUGCGCUGUUCGUCGGCAUGAUGGCCGGCCUCCCUUACACGGGUUCCUCGAUGAACCCGGCGCGGAGCUUCGGCCCCGCCGUCGCGGCCCCUUACUUCCCCGGAUACCAUUACAUUUACUGGUUCGGUCCCAUCAUGGGCUCCCUGCUGGCUUCCGCCUACUACGGGUUCGUCAAGUAUUUCCGGUACGAGGAGGCGAACCCGGGCCAGGACGCCGUCAGUCCCGAGGAGAAGAGCAGGGACGAGGAGAUGGGUGCUCCUUAG